UGUAGCACCGCCCCCAGCAAGCGUUCAUGAAGCAACAGGAAGCGAAAACCCCCCGAAAAGAGUGCAGACUGAGAGGGAUAAGAAAGGGUGGGUGGAGGUCGAACUCGCAUCGAUUGAUUUUCUUUUCUCAAUCGACAUCCGUGCGAAGGCUGCACAACUAGUUCUGGUCGCCUCGGAGCCCAGUGUCUCUCGGGGUGAACUUAUACGUGGCACCGCAUCGAAAAGCAUGUGCGCCUCGUAAGAUCCGAAGAAAAACGGAGGAGCCGGUUCUGGAGAGGGACGAAGUGCGAAACCGAUCAUGGCCCAAGGUACCAACAUCCAGUAUGAGCGAGUGGCAGAGAUCGGCGGUGGUGCGUAUGGGACUGUUUAUAAGGCCCGUGAUAUGGAGAGUGGUCAAUUUGUGGCUCUAAAAAGCGUGCGGGUCCAGACAGACCAUAAUGGCAUCCCCAUUUCCACGGUCAGAGAGGUGGCUCUGUUAAAGCGACUAGAGCAGUUUGACCACCCCAACGUGGUCAGGCUCAUGGAUGUAUGUGCUACAAAGAGGUCGGACCAGGAGACUAAAGUCACGUUAGUCUUUGAACAUGUGGACCAAGAUCUCAAGACAUAUUUGGAGAAAGCCCCAGCACCAGGGUUGGGUCCUGAACGCAUUAAAGACUUGAUGAAACAGCUAAUGUGUGGUCUGGCAUUCCUGCACUCAAACCGUGUGAUGCACAGAGACCUGAAACCAGAAAAUAUCUUGGUAACCAGCCAGGGUCAGGUGAAACUGGCUGACUUCGGACUGGCACGCAUGUACAGCUGCCACAUGGCGCUCACUCCCGUGGUGGUGACGCUGUGGUAUCGGCCUCCUGAGGUUUUGCUGCAGUCUAGCUAUGCCACACCUGUGGACAUCUGGAGCGCCGGCUGCAUCUUUGCGGAAAUGUUCAGACGCAAACCCUUGUUCUGUGGUGAAUCCGAAGUGGACCAACUAGGGAAAAUCUUUGAAGUGAUUGGUCUGCCACCAGACGAGGAGUGGCCCACUGGUGUUACACUGUCAAGAAAACACUUCCCCACUUUCUCAGCUCGCCCAAUAACUGACUUUGUGCCAGAGAUAAACGAGCAAGGGGGACAAUUGCUGCUGGAUAUGUUAACCUUUGACCCUUCUGAUCGAAUAUCUGCCCUGAAUGCACUAGAUCAUCCAUAUUUCUGCAAUGAGGAGAUAUUGACUGACACAAUAAACUGAGCUGCUGCAUAAAACAAAGCCACGAGGGAUGAAUCAACUGAGCUUUGGGCACAAGAUUUUACACUCAAGGAGCAUUCCUGCACCCAGGGAUCAUAUGUUUUUCUUUUUUUUUACUCCAAUAUGAAAUUGAAUUAAAUAAUGGGCUCUUUACACCAAAACUUCCAUACUGUCCAAAUGCCAGCGUAAAAAAAUGAUGUGUUAACAGCAUUUAAUAACCAUCAAAGACUUACAUUGUCUUUGUAAAACUUCCUCCUUUGCAGGGAUUAGCAAUUUCAAGUUUUUUUUUUCAUUUUAAAGACCUAUGCAUUCUCUUUUAUAUACUGAUCUGAUUACCGUACCUCUAUUGGUUGGCUCAAAAAAAAUAUACAGUGGAGAAAAUAAGUACCGUAAUUUCCCGAAUAUAAGGCGCACCCCUGUAUAACGCGCACCCCAAAUUUACUUGUAAAAUCUAGGGAAAGUUAUUGAACCCGUGUAUAACGCGUACCCUAAUUUUAGCACCAAUAAAUAGAAGAAUACUAGAAAACAGAGCUCGUGUCCAGAUACAGAAAUGUCAUUUUACUGACUGGUGAAACACGGCACAAGCAUAGCACAUUGGUGGUUCAAAACAUUACUGUAAACUGACAAUAUGUACGGUAAUAAUAUGAUCUGACAACUUCUUCAACUUACCAGAAUCCAGGAGAAAAGAAAACAGAUGUGACUUUUCUUUUAAAGGCUGCUGUAUAACUUGCUCGUUUCAUCAUGAUGAAUUAAUGUUUCUUCCAAGGAUUGAUACGGUAAAAUAAAAGUGAGGAUUUACGUCAGAAAUCGGAAAGAACGCAUCGCUGUACACUAGACUGUAACUAUAGGAACUACUGUUUUUUGGGUUGGAGUUUCCCGAGGGAAAGAUAUAGUUGACAGACACAGGAAGUCUGUGUUGUGUUACGUUUGUUAUGGUCAGAGUUGUGGAGCUGCAGUAAACGUUGACUUAAAUGAGUUCAAGAAACUAAAUUCUGUGCUUUAUGAAGAGUGAAAAAAGCAUAAAUUAACACUGACGAAAUCAUUCGACCAAUCAGAGUGAAGUAUUACUUAAACAAAAUGGUGACGUCACGUACCAUAAUGGUUGGCAACGUUUUGCCGCAUACGUUUCUUCAACACAACAUGGCCGUGUCAAAAAAAAAAAAAUGUCUUUAUAUAUAUUAGGGCUGUCAAACGAUUAAAAUUUUUAAUCGAGUUAAUUACAGCUUAAAAAUUAAUCGUAAUUAAUCGCAAUUCAAACCAUCUAUAAAAUAUGCCAUAUUUUUCUGUAAAUUAUUGUUGGAAUAGAAAGAUCAGACAAGAUGGAUAUAUUCAUUCAACAUACGGUACAUAAGGACUGUAUUUGUUUAUUAUAACAAUAAAUCAAGAUGGCAUUAACGUUAUUAACAUUCUGUUAAAGCGAUCCAUGGAUAGAAAGACUUGUAGUUCUUAAAAGAAAAAUGUUAGUACAAGUUAUAGAAAUUUUAUAUUAAAAGCCCUCUUAAUGUUUUUGUUUUAAUAAAAUUUGUAAAAUUUUCAGUCAAAAAAUAAACUAGUAGCCCGCCAUUGUUGAUGUCAGUAAUUACUUACACAAUGCUCAUGGGUGCUGAAGCCUAUAAAAUCAGUCGCACCCAAGCGCCAGCAGAGGGCGGCAAAACUCCAUAAAACACAAGUGAGCGUUUCACUGUACUGUCAUUUAAAUCUGUCUGAGCGGAGCAUCUGCGUUAAUUGCGUCAAAUAUUUUAACGUGAUUAAUUAAAAAAAUUAAUUAACGCCCGUUAACGCGAUAAUUUUGACAGCCCUGAUAUAUAUUUAUAUAUAUAUUUCUGUCUCCAUCCGUGUAUAGUGCGCACCAUGAUUUUACAAGUUGAUUUUGGGGGGGAAAAAAGUGCGCGUUAUAUUCGGGAAAUUAUGGUAUUUGAACACCCUGCUAUUUUGCAAGUUCUCCCACUUAGAAAUCACAUCAUAGGUGCAUGUCCACUGUGAGAGAGAAAGAAUCCAACAGAAAAAUCCAGAAAUCACAACACAUUUUACUAGCAAUUUAUUUGUGUGAUACAGUUGCAAAUAAAUAUUUGAACACCUAUCUAUCAGCUAGAAUUGUGACCCUGAAAGACAUGUUAGUCUGCCUAUUAAAAGUCCACCUCCACUCCGUGCACUAUCCUGAAUCAAAUGUACUUGUUUGAGGUCGAUGGCAGCAUAAAGACACCUGUCCACCCCAUACAAUCAGUAAGACUCAAACUUGUAACAUGGCGGAGACCAAAGAGUUGUCCAAAGACACGAGAGACAAAAAUGUUCAACUCCACAGGGCUGGAAAGGGCUACGGUGCAAUUGCCAAGCUCCUUAGUGGAAAAAAAUGGUCCACUUUUAGAGCAAUCUUUAGAAAAUGGAAGAAGCAAAACAUGACUGUCAAUCUCAAUCGGAUUUGAGCCCCAAUUAAGAUAUCACCUCGUGGAGUCUCAAUUAUCCUAAGAAAGGCAAGGAAUCAGCCCAGAACUACACGACAGGAGUUGGUCAAUGACCUGAAAAGCGCUGGAACCAUAGUUUCCAGGAUUACUGUUGGUAAUACAAUUAGACGUCAUGGUUUGAAAUCAUGCAUGGCACGGAAGGUUACCCUGCUUAAACCAGCACAUGUCAAGGAUGGAUGACGCAGAAGAGUCAUGGGAGCAAGUUUUGUAGUCAGACGGGAGUAAAAUAGAACUUUUUGGUCAUAAUUCCACUAACCGUGUUUGGAGAAAGAAGAGUGAUGAGUAUUAUCUCAAGAACACCAUCCCUACUGUGAAGCAUGAGGGUGGUAGCAUCAUGCUUAGAGGGUGUUUUUCUGCGCAUGGGACAGGACGAGUGCACUGUAUUAAAGAGGAUGACUGGGGCCCUGUAUUGUGAGAUUUUGGGGAACGACCUCCUUGCUUCAGUCAGAGCAUUGAAGAUGGGUCAUGCCUGGGUCUUCCAAAAUCACAAUGACCUGAAGCACACAGCCAGGAAAACCAAGGAGUGGCUCCCUAAGAAGCUUAACAAGGUUCUAGCAAGGCCUAGCCGGUCUCCAGACCUAAACCCAAUAGAAAACCUUUGGAGGGAGCUCCAACUCAGUGUUUCUCAGCGACAGCCCAGAAACCUGACUGAUGGGUUGGUCAAGAUCCCUCCUGGAGUGUGUGCAAACCUUGUGAAAAUUUACAGGAAAUGUUUGACCUCUUUAAUUGCAAACAAAGGCUACUGUACCAAAUAUUAACAUUCGUUUCCAUAGGUGUUCAAAUACUUAUUUGCAGCUGUAUCACACAAAUAAAUUGUUUUAAAAAAAUCAUACAUUGUGAUUUCAGAUUUUUCUUCUUUUUAGAUUAUCACAGUGGACGUGCACUUAUGAUGAAAAUUUCAAACCCCUCCAUGAUUUUUAAAUGGAAGAACUUGCAAAAUAGCAGGGUGUUAAAAUACUUAAUUUCUUCACUGUAAAAGGAGCGAUGUUGUUCGUGGUGCUUUCGGGGGGGAAAAAGCGACCUUUAGAAGGCUGGAAACUCUUUAUAUGAACAGAGGAAGGUGGGAGGGGGUUAAAACCGGGAAAGAGAGAAGUAAAAUCUCUGUUGGACAUGACAUGACGUUUUGUGCAAAGGACCCCACUGAGAAAAGGAAUCAUGUUGACGAGAAGCAAACAUAUGGACCACUGCCAUGCCUUUCCAUAAUGUAAACGUCAAACUUAUUGAUGUAAACAUAGCAUGACUUAAUUGUUUACGCUCAGUCUGUCACUCGGCAUUUAGUUACAAGCUCCACAAAGUGACAGAAUUGACAUCUUGGUUGUGAGCAAGUUUUUAAUAAACUGAAAAUGCACACCAUGGCAUCAAUCACCCGUGAAGUCCUUUUAGGAAAAUGUUUGGCAUUAUUGGAUAGCUGAAGCAGUUAAUGUCAUUGAAUUCCAAAUGUUGUUUUUCAAAAAUCAACCUGCACUGCAACCACAAAGGAAUAAAAACAGCUUUCAUCACAUAACCAUAAGGUUCACCUUCGUGUUAGAAUUACUUGAUCGGGAUGCGCACUGAACUGAUCAGCAUCCAGUCACGGAAGCACUGAAAUUUGUAUCUACGGACAAUUUACAGUCCCUAGUUAAAAAGGACAUUCCCUGGUUGUGGGAGGAACUACAUAGAAUAUACCCCACUUUGGCAUAUGAUGAAUAUGUGUG